GGCUGCCUGGGUGGAAUGUGAACCCAGGGAAACAGGUAAGGGGUCCCAGCAGUGCCGGCUGGGGAGCUGAGAUCACCAGGCUGGUCGUGCCCACAGGACGGGGCGUCUCCCACACAGCGCCUCACCCAGGGGGGGUUCCUAUGUUUAUUCCACCAUCGUUCCCCGAGGGUCACUGCAGGUGCCAGAGAGAAGAGGAAGCAUCUGAAUGGCUUAUCUAGACCAGCCAGCUUGUCCUAGACAGUUGGCUCCGCCCUUGGGGUGGGAAGAGCCUAAGAGUGUUCUGAGCAGAAGCUAGCCUCUUCUCUUGCCUCUGCCUCCUGGAUGUUUCCUCCACAGCCAACUGGGCCCAGACCAAGCCUGAAGGAGGCAGCCUGUGAUGGGAGCCCACUCAGAAGACCCCCACCUGUGCUGGGCCUCCCAGCUCCUGGGGUUCAGCAGCCUCGUCCUCAGCGCCUUCAGCACUGUGGUCAACGGUUCUGGAACCCAUGGAUCUCAAUUGGAGGAUUCUGGAAACGUGGUUUCUGUGAAGGGAACUCAAGGAAGUUCUGUGUCGUUUCAUGUGACCCUAAGUCCAGAAUCACUUCCAGGACUCAAGCUGGAGAAGAUUUCUUGGGGCAUUAAAUCUCAGCCACACGACACGGUCAUCCUGCAGGUGUCUCCUGGGGAAGAUGUUCCAACAUGGGUCAACUUCCAGGACAAGCUCGAGAAGAGGGUCCAUGUGCUCAACACCACGACCCUGAGGAUUGACAACCUGACCCUUGAGGACAGUGGGCAGUACUCGGCUCGAGUCUCCUUAAGUGGAGGAAGAGAAAUGUACCGGUAUUUCCACCUCACUGUCUACGAGCCCGUGCCCCGCCCCCAGAUCCUGGGCGAGACUCCAUCCGUCACACCAGACUGGUGCAAUGUCACCCUGGAGUGCCAUGCCCCGGGAACCAGAGAGGAUGUGAAUGUGUCCUGGGAGAGCAAGGUCCUCCCCAGGGAGCUGGAGCAGAGAGGGGUCCCAGGACCGGCCCCCAACCCCUGGACCCUGGCUCUGAAGCUGCCCCUGAGCCAGCCCAGCCCCAGCAUCACCUGUGUGGUCAGCAACCCGGGGGACCGGAAAACUGCCACCCGGGACCUUGGGGAAGUCUGUGCCCACGGUCCACAUGGGCCGGACGGGUCUGCCCACCUGCCAGCUAUCCUGGGGGCUCUUGUGGUCGUGCUGCUGAUCCUCGGAGCUGGACUGUUCCUUCUGUGCUCACGUAGGAGGAAGCAGAGCUUGGAGCCUGGGAGAGGUCCCGGAUCCCAGGAAGAGCACAGGGACCAUGAUGAUGGCGUCCAGUAUGCAGAGCUGAGCCAGCAGACUUCCAGGGAGAGCAGGGACCAGGGUUCGGGGGAACCACAUCUCGAACAGGAGACACCGCUCACGACAGUCUACAGUGAGGUCCGCCACCCAGGCCAGGGCUUGAGGGUGAUUUAACUGGAAGAAGCAGGAAUCCAGCCUCCCCCCGACACCUCUGUAGUGCGCGUGAUGCCUGCGGCCCUGGUCGUGCCCCCUCCCCCUCUGACUGCUCUCAGCAGGGACCGGAUUCAUCCACCCUCCGUGAAUCUCUAUGCGGACCCGUCGUGCACAAGUUGAGCAGAAGACACACAUCGCGGCAGAUCGAGGGGGACCUUCGUCGUUAAUCGAGUCCAAAGCUGUGGUCCGGUUCCGCUCAGCCUCAGCCCCUUUGGCAACCGUCAACGGAGCCCACUGUCCCCACGUGUGUGCCCCGUCCGUCGUCCUGUCCGGACCCUCGGCCUCUGGGACCCAUCGACAUGAAGCCUCCACUUCCAGCCUCGACCAGUUCACCACCAGCCGGCUCAGUCUGUGCUUGAGAGCUGUGUAAAGAGAAUACAAAGUCGCACUAGCCAGGGCUUGCUGAGUCCUGGCCCCGUGACGGGCACUGAUCUCGUCACCCCCCUCGUUCAUCACUCACUGGGCCCUCGAGACACUGUGUGAGCUGGGUGUCUUUGUGCCCACUUUGCAGACGAGGAGCAGCAGGCCAGAAAGGCUGAGUGUCAAGGCCGCACGGCUGGGGGAGCCCGAGCCGCACCGCAGCCAGUGCCUGGGUCCCAGCCGUCGUCCGCUUUCCCGCGUCCUGGGAAACCUCCUCCCUUCUGUGUGUUCGUGCUGACACCUGGCAGGGCUCCUGUUUCUCAGGAAAAAGCAGAAGUUGAUGAGUGAGUUCUCGUUCUGCCAGUGAACUUUUCCCUGGCCGCUUACUGACCUCUGCCUCCCUCUCUCUCCUGUCCCCACAGGGGACACUGAGCUCCUCGUGUCUAAGAAGGACCUUUCCCUACACGUGAGGCCCCGUCUGAGGCACCCCUUCUCUGGUCCGUCCCCCUGACCCUGCUGGCUCCCUCCCUGCAGCCUGCACCCUGGCUGGUGCUCCGCCUCCUGAACGGCUGAUCCCGCACCUGGGCCCCACCUCACGGGGACCCCUAGAGCCCCCAGGGGUGACCCCCACGCGUCAGCUGCCACCUCCACCCACAGCAGGUGCCCCUUCUCAGGAAAUGGGCCCCACCCUGGACUCCUUCCUUCCUGCUCAGGGGCCCAGAUCCGGUGCCUCUGAAGCCCCAGGCCUGUGCCAAGCGCCUCGGGUGCAACAAGUUUAUUUUGUUGUCGCACUUGUAAGAGGAAAGCCGGAGACGCUGAAGCCGUAGCGGUUUCUGCCACUUACCCAAGAGGAAACAGGACCGGUCCCUGGGUUGGCACACGUGCUUUUCGGCUCUCCUUCCCGUCUGUUGGGGCUGUGGGUCCGGCUCCCCCUCUUCACCCCUGCGCUGUGUCCUCCCCGCCCUCUCUCCCUGCCCUCACAGCCCAGCUUCCCUUCUUGUAAUCCAGGGGCCGGGCAAGACAGAGCAGGAGCUCGGCCCCCACAGGAGGGAAAGUGUUUUCAGGCCGUGAAUGUGCGUGUUCCGUUCGGAGGAGAGGCUGGUCGCCUACCUGAGCCUCAGGUCACCUCUUGGACGCACAAACUCUCUCCUUCCAUCUCUACCUCUUCCCCCCCAUGCAUACAGAGUGGCCUGCUAUUUGCCGGAAUUAGUAAUCCAAGCAGGACUUGGGUCUCAAGUGUCCCUGCCUGUCCGUCUCCCCAGCUCAGCCUCAGGCUCCACCGGAAGCAGGUGGAUCCCCCGAGAUCAGAGGAAAGCAGACGAGCUAAUCGCCCCUAAAACCUCAGCUUCUGCAAGGGAGCAUGCACACACCAGCCUCCAGCCAAGCAGCUGCGUGUGCCUCAGAACUAAGGCUUCCAGAAACAUCCAGAUUGCAACUGAAAGGACGAUUCUCAGUAUCUGAGAACGGUAUCCGCAUCCGGAGAGGGGGCAGAGCCGGGCUGUGUCUGAACCUUGCAGUAAAUGUUGUGAAACAAGCCUCUUCCCCCCGCCCCCCGCCCCGGGGUCCUGAAACCUCACCCCUGCUGGUGGGCAGGGAGCAGGUGAAGGCAUCUCCUGGACGCUGGGCUGGAUGAACUAUAGCAGGCGGUUGGUAUGAUUAACCUCACUGCACACGCUCAGUGAGAGAAGAGCCCCGACCUGAAGUCUGAAAUGAUUCUUAUUUUCAGUGUAGACCAGACAGGCAGGGGCAUGAGGUACACAGGACCAGGGUACCACCCCAAUCGUGAUGGGGUUCCCUGGCACCGGGGACCACCCCCCCUUAAUCCCCUUGUGCGCGACCACAUGGCCCCACCUGCCCCCGCACACCUGCUCAGGGCCUCUGUGACCGCCCCCGGCCUGGAGCACAAACUGUUCCAUGUCUGUUCCAUCCGGCUGGUACAGUGGCCCGUCAGUCCCCUCCCCGUUGGCCUCUAUCCUGCCCUCUUGGCAAACUCGCUCACUAGUCUGGGGAAUUUUCUGUAGAUUCCUGGGAUUUUCUACGUAGACAAACAUAAGUAAUGUGUGUGAUCAAGACAGCUUUUCUUUUCCCCUUUCCAGUCUAUAUCUCACUUUAUGUCUUUCUCUUGCCUUAGUGCAUCUGAUGAGACUUUCCCUAGAUGCUGCAGAGGAGCGGUGACCACAAGCACCGUUGGCUCGUUGCCAACAUUAAGGGACAGCAUCCAGUUUUCCGCCUUCAACAGUGAUGUUCGCUGUCGGCUUUUCUGUCAAUAUGUUUGAUUACAUGACUCGGUUUCAUUUUCUCCACCUUCGUUUUCCUUAUUUCCUCUCUUCCACUUGCUUUGCAUUUGUUUCGCUCUUAUUUGUAUAGAUUUGUAAGAUAAAUGCUUAAAUUAUAAAUUUGGAGCAUUUCUCCUUUGGUAAACUGUGCUUUGAGUCAUGUCCAUUUCCUUAUAAGCACCUCGUUCGCGUCUUUUCCCACGUUUCGAUGUCUUGUAUGUUCAUUUGCGCUCCCUUCAAAUGUUGAGAUAUUUCCCUUCAGGCGCCCUCUUUGACAUUGGGCUAUGGAGACUUGUCUCGUUUCCUCCGUAAGUGUUUGGAAAUUUCCCGUCAUCUUUCUGCUAUUAAAUUCUACCCGAGGUCUGUCCCA